AUGAGCGCUCCUUCCACGGACCCAGUGAUCGCCUGGGAACACCACGUGCACCAGGAAACGGAAAAGUUGUGGACGGAAUUCGACUACAACAACGAUGGCAAAUUCGGCAGGGACGACGUCCAAAAGUUCAUCCAUGACUACGACACGAACGGAGACGGUGAAGUUACCCGGGACGAGUUCGACUUCCACUGGGGGGUGACGGAGCCUACUCUCAACAUCGUCGGACACGGCCUUUUCCUGGAGUACGACGACGACCAAAGCGGUGUAGUGACGUCUUCCGACCUGGACGCCCUCUACGACAGGAUGGACCAAGACGAUGACGGAAAGGUCAGUAAGCAUGAAUUCAAGGCUUACUACAAACAGCUCCUCACAGUGUUGUUCAUCCUGCAGACUCAGCACAUUGAGAAUCAGGUCACCACACCAGCUCCAUCAACAUAACAAGCAUAAACAGGAAUAGACAAUAAUAAACGUCAUACCCCAGU